GGCCGAGCCGCGGGCCCCGCCCGGCGGCAGCGCCAUCGCGCCCGGGCUGGAAGCGGCGGCAGCGCCCGCCCGCACAGCCCGGUGUAAUUAACAGGAAUUAGCCUUUCUUAAGGAGGGGAUUACGAAACUGCACUGUAAAACCCGUAUGAUACCGAGUGCGCCUGUUAGAGGCUAAACUGCUUAGAAAGCGUUUUCUGCGAGCCCGGCGGAGGCGCGGCUGGGGCUGGAGGCCGUGCUGGGGCAGGCGAGGUUCUGGCUCGCCUACUCUUACAGCCCGUCUUUCAGGAAACUAAUUAUGCCAAAACCGGGAUGGAAUUAACAACAAACGCCUGCUCUCUUUGACAAAAUGAGGGACAAGACUCUGUUCUAAACUUCCCAUUAAAGGUGGUGUUUCAACAAGCCUCAAGAAAUUCUUAAUUCUUUAAACCAUCACCAAGUAUGGCAACACAACUUUUAUUUAACUAAGGGACUACUUUCAUAUCAUAUACAUUCAAAUCCAAGGGUACUUUUAUGUGCUGUAUAAAUACAAGAGUUGGGCUGAAAGUAAAUGCUGAAAUUAGGAUUAUGCCAGUUACAUGCACCCAAAAAAUACUACACUGGGUAUCAGAUCUUUUUCUAACUGAUUUGCCUUUCCACUGGCAACAAAGACCCAGCCUCUAAAAGCACUUUUUUAGCAUCUUUUAAAGUUAGGAGAAGCUUACAAAAAACCCCAACUGUUUUGCCAGCUCACAGAAAGUAUCAAGAUAGCUCUUGGGUGGGAUAAUGAAGCACUUUCUUACUUCACCAUUGUCCUUUGUCAUCCAUUUGACAAUGGCUUUGUAUUUAUCAUCAGAUUAUUUCUGUAUAAGCCAUCUUUUACUAAAUAAAGUAUGGAAGUUUGGCAUUGCCCUUCAGUCUCAAAUCUCUGCGAGUCCUACUUAGGAAGAUGUGUUUCCAUUUUACUUGUUUGGAAAUGAACUUAAAAAGUGAAACUGAACAAAUGUACUUAAGUAAACCCAGCCUAAUAAAAUCACUGUGUUCUAGCUGUGGUUAGUGAAGCUGUAACAGUCACCUGCAGCAAACUGGAAAAUCAGGACCUUGGCAGGAAUAGCAAGAACGCAGUAAGAAUAAUAAAAAGAACGUAAUACAACGUAAGAGACACAAAAGGACAGACUGCACAGACAGUAAGGAAUUGCAGUUAAGACAGGAUGGAACUACAGAGCUCUUCUUGCAAGCUGUUUUUUCCUAAUGACCCGGUGAAGAUUACCAAGGCAAAAGGCCAGUAUAUGUAUGAUGAGAAUGGGAGACAGUACCUUGACUGCAUCAACAACGUGGCUCACGUUGGACACUGUCACCCUGAUAUAGUAAAGGCAGCCCAUGAACAGAAUCAAUUGUUAAAUACAAAUUCUCGUUACCUUCAUGACAACUUGGUUGAUUAUGCAGAGAGACUUUCAAAAACACUACCUGAGAAAUUAUGCAUCUUCUAUUUUUUGAAUUCUGGAUCUGAAGCCAACGACCUUGCCCUGAGGUUGGCACGGCAGUACACAAAACACGAGGAUGUUAUCGUUUUAGACCAUGCUUACCAUGGACAUCUGACAUCUUUGAUUGACAUAAGCCCAUAUAAAUUCAGAAAUCUAGAAGGACAAAAGGAAUGGGUCCACGUGGCUCCUGUUCCAGACACAUACAGAGGACUUUAUAGAGAAGACCAUGAAGAUUCAGUAACAGCCUAUGCUGAUGAAGUAAAAAAUAUUAUUGAGCAUGCACAUAUGAGAGGCAGAAAGAUUGCUGCAUUUUUUGUUGAAUCUCUACCAAGUGUUGGUGGUCAAAUCAUUCCCCCAGCAGGAUAUUUUCAGAAGGUUGCAGAGCAUGUGCACAAGGCAGGAGGUGUAUUUAUUGCUGAUGAAAUUCAAGUUGGCUUUGGCAGGGUUGGCAAGCACUUCUGGGCAUUCCAGCUUCAGGGAGAAGAUUUUAUACCUGAUAUUGUCACUAUGGGGAAGCCAAUAGGGAACGGGCACCCACUUGCUUGUGUAGCAACAACAAAAGAAAUUGCAGAAGCGUUUGCGGCCACAGGAGUAGAGUAUUUUAAUACAUUUGGUGGGAACCCUGUUUCAUGUGCCAUUGGAUUAGCUGUGUUAGAUGUAAUUGAGAAGGAACAGCUUCAGGCUCAUGCCACAGAGGUAGGCAACUUCUUGAUGAAGACACUCAAAGAGCAGCAAAUCAAGCAUCCCAUCAUUGGUGAUGUCAGAGGUUGUGGCUUAUUCAUUGGAGUGGACUUAGUCAAGGAUCAAGCAGAAAGGACUCCAGCCACAGCAGAAGCAGAGCAUCUAGUAACAAGACUUAAGGAAAAAUACAUUCUACUGAGUACAGAUGGGCCAGGAAGAAAUGUGCUGAAAUUCAAGCCCCCAAUGUGUUUCAAUAUGGAGGAUGCAAAAUUUGUUGUGGAGACAAUUGAUAAAAUACUAACAGAUAUGGAAAAAGAAUGUCUGAACCAACAGAAAACACCUGUUUGUUCCACCUGAGCAGGUAUUUACCUAUAUAAUAUCAGCACUAUUUAAAAGCCAAGUUUCUAAACAUAACUUCACAAGCACUGUCAGAAUAAAGCUUCCUCAGCGAUGCUUUUACUCAAAGUUUGCAGGAAUUUCUGGGAAUCUCCAAGCAUGGACCACACUUGUGUACAUCCAGCAUUCACAACUGCCUUCCAAUAGUCUGAGCCAGCAACCCUGUGGGCAUCACUUGUUGUAAGCAAGGGCCAACAUGUCCCAGACAUGACUGUCUCUAGAGCAUGCAAAUGACUGCACAGCCACACAAACUUUCUGCUUGCUGCUCAGUGCCUUCAGGCUCCAGCUGCAUAACCACUUCUCAGCAGAUCUCCCCUUAAGUGUCAUUUCAGGUUCACAGCUGCUUCUCAUCCUUCAGGAUCCAUUUACCCCUAGACUCAAAAGUUUGUGGGUAUCAGAAUAAGAUUGGUCUUUUUAAAUCUUCAAAGCCUUGUUGUGUCUUCAUCUGUUGAGGUCCCUCAGUAGGUUGCCAAGAGAACAUCUAGCUGCAACUCAGUUUGCUGCUCACCCAUGAGCACAGUGUACUCUUACAGUUAACACCUUGGUGACAACACCCUUUGGUACACUUAGCACUUCUUCAAACUACUCUGACUAAAAGACAACCACAUGUUUGGUAGAACUCUGGACAGCUGGGCAGGAAUGCACCUGACAUGGUCAUUAUGAGCAGUGUAACCAUCAGUGGCCUCAGCCACCAUGAGAUUCACAGUGCUAUGGCCCUGAGCUAAGGAGAAAUAUGGUUUUAGUUCAGUGUAUAUUAGUAUAGCAGGCACAAGAAAAAUGUGUUAAUAUUUUAUUUAGCAAGUUAAUGGAAAGACAUACAGCUGUUUAUACUACUUAUUCUUAGGAACAGAAAGAUUACUUAACAGUGCCAGUGUAAAUUAGAGGCCUAAGGACUUAAUGUACUUAUCUGUGAUCUAAACUAAGCAAGAAAAAUGCCUUUAUUUUCUACAGGAAACCAAGAAUGCAAAAAGCCUCUUACUAAGUACAGUACUAGUAAGACACUUACAUAUAAUGUAAGCGAAAAUGAGGCAAUGAAAUAAUUUCUUUUAAUGAUACUUUUACAAAAAAAAAACAUAACAUUAUUAUCUUUCCAUAGGUUUCAAACAAUGUUCAAGAUCUACUACUAAGAAACAUUAUUCUACUAUAAUAAUGCACAUUUAAUCUUCAUCCUAGUAUAUCUUAGACCAGAUAAGUUACCUUUUUCUGUUUUCAUUUAUCUUGUUUUUAGUAAAAGCUCUAGGAGAAAUAAAUUUUACAAGAGCUUAUCUCAA